CGCGCGUCGCCGCUCGUGCACUGCUGGGCCUCGGAGCCGGCCUGCGCCUCCCUCGGCUCCGGCGGGCCUCGCAGAGAGGGGUGGAAGAUGUCUAUGGAUGUGACUUUCCUUGGGACAGGAGCAGCAUACCCGUCCCCAACCCGGGGUGCCUCAGCUGUGGUUCUUCGGUGUGAGGGCGAGUGCUGGCUCUUUGACUGUGGGGAGGGGACACAGACACAGCUCAUGAAAAGCCAACUUAAAGCAGGGAGAAUUACCAAGAUCUUCAUCACACAUCUUCAUGGAGACCACUUCUUCGGCCUCCCGGGCCUCCUUUGUACGAUCAGCCUGCAGAGUGGCUCUGUGGUCACAAGGCAGCCUAUUGAAAUCUAUGGCCCUGUAGGACUUCGGGAUUUCAUCUGGAGAACCAUGGAGCUCUCUCACACGGAGUUGGUUUUUCCUUAUGUGGUCCAUGAGAUAGUGCCUACAGCUGAUCAGUGUCCUGUGGAAGAACUAAAAGAAUUUACCCAUGUGAAUGAAGCAGACAGCUCUCCCAAAGGACAGGGACGAACUAUCUUGUUAGACACAGAAGAAAACUCCUACUGUCUGGUUGAUGAUGAGCAGUUUGUUGUAAAGGCAUUUCGCCUCUUUCACAGAAUUCCAUCCUUUGGCUUUUCAGUUAUGGAAAAGAAACGUGCAGGUAAACUCAAUGCACAGAAGCUGAAAGACCUCGGUGUACCCCCAGGUCCUGCCUACGGGAAACUGAAAAAUGGAAUUUCUGUUGUUUUGGAUAAUGGAGUUACAGUUUCUCCCCAAGACGUCUUAAAAAAGCCUAUGGUUGGAAGAAAAAUCUGCAUACUGGGUGACUGUUCUGGGGUUGUGGGUGAUGGAGGAGUGAAGCUGUGCUUUGAAGCAGACCUGUUGAUCCAUGAAGCAACUCUGGAUGAUUCUCAGAUGGACAAAGCAAAAGAGCAUGGCCACAGCACACCGCAGAUGGCGGCAACAUUUGCGAAGCUGUGCCGUGCGAAGAGGCUGGUUCUAACUCACUUCAGCCAGAGAUACAAACCCAUAGCCUUGACUAGGGAAGGAGAGACGGAUGGCAUUGUGGAACUGAGAAAGCAAGCUGAGUCAGUGCUAGGGCUGCAGGAAGUGACUCUAGCAGAAGAUUUCAUGGUGAUUGGCAUUCCAAUCAAGAAAGGAAGCCAGUGCUCCUGAAUGCAUAAACGUGGACGCGUUGUGCCUGUAUUACCAGACCUGUGCUAAGACUUUUAUUGGUGGUGGUGGUGAGCAAUUUUUUUCUUUAGGUUUUGGAUUUUUUUUUUUUUUAAUUAUUUUGGCCCUAAUAAUCCGAAAGAUGGAGCUGGGUUGCUGAGCUGACUCAGUAGUGAGAGGGAACACGAUUUUUAACAAUAAAUCAUUUUUAAAUGAUAAAAAUACCCAGCAUCCUUCUUAAAGUGCAGAUGUGACAAAAUAAUCGAUUUUUCAGGGGUACUCCUCUUGUGUCUCUGCCACAGAUUGAAGCCAAUACUCCACCCAGUGUUGGACUUAGCUUUGCCCAGCUUAACUGCCAUUAUCGGCAAAGUAUCUAGGAUUGGGUCCUCUUGGCUAAAACUGACAUUUUGGCAGUCUGUAUAGAAUCUGUGUUCCUGACACAGAGAUAAAUGUAUGAAGGCAGUCUACGGGCAGUAUUGAUGACAGCGUGUUGGGGGUGUCAUUGGACUAGUCCGUGCAGGUUUGCACUAGGUUUUAUCUUAGCAUUUUAUUCAACAUUCUGGAUUCUUUCAACACAUGGUCCUGGGAAGUCUACUAGGAAUUAGAUAUUAUGGAAUUUUUUUUUCUUGUUGCAGUGAUUGAGGGGAGGUGGUGGCUCCACAGUAGUUCACUCAGUGGGAGUCACGAAUGCCAUAUGUUCUGCACAGUUUGGGUUAGUCCUGCAUAACAAUUACCUUGAAAUUCUAGGCCUGUUCAGAGACACAAAACUUGUAUUCCCAAUGUGAAUAUAUGCUUUGCCAAAAUUAGUGAUGUAAUAGGCUGAAUUAAUAGAUAAGCUAAAUCUUCCAGUAGAUGGUAAAGGAUAGGCAUGUUAGAAUGAAAUGCCACAUCAAGUGUUAUUUGGAAAAAAAUGAGUCAUCAAGUGAAGUUUAUAACUGUAGGGAGAAAUAUUCACGAUUCCACCACCCAGGGUGAGUAUCUGUGUCAGGUCUAGGGCCCUGGAGCUAUGCUGUGAGCUGAGUGUGGAGGUGGACAGAGAGCUGUGGGCUCUGCUUCCAUAGACGAAGUCAGGAGUCAGCGUGGACCCUGACACUGCAUUGCUAAACCAUCUGCGUGAUUUUGAAAGACAUGAGUGCUGGACUAGCCUCGGAGGAAAAAAAAAAAAAGUCUUUUUUUUCUAUGUACUUAAAUUGAGGGUAUAUAUAAAUAGAUAGAUAUUUUAUAGAUUCUUAUACAUAUGUUUGUGUAUGUGUAUAGUUUAUUCAUGCAUAUUUUUACAUGAAGGCUGGCCUCCCUCCACUAUUUUCUUAAAAUAAAGAUAUUUUAUUGGAUAAACAAAAACUAGGAGUUUAUUAUCAAAAAAAUCCUUGGUAAGAAACUCUGAGGUAUUAUUUUUGGCACAAUAAAAAUAAUGAAAAGCAUAAAGGGGCAAGUAGAUGAGUGAUGUAGAGAAACACUGGUUAUAGGACUUCAAAAUAGAAUGCUCACUAACAGACAGGUCCUUAACUUCUGUUUUCAUUAGCGUUUUCUGCAGCAUUAAAUGGUCUCUGAAAGUAUGAAUUUAGUGAUUUUAUUUCAUUUUAGAGUUGGUUCUUGGAGCACUGAGGUUGUUUUCUGUUAAUAGAAGCAAAGCUGACUGGGGUUCUUCUGUUCAAAUCUCUGUAUCCCCCAGUCAGUCCUUCUUUCCAGUUCUCUCUCUAGAUGUUAGUGACAUCUUAGUCGGGCAUGGCAGCACAAACCUGUUUCCUUUGCAUUUGCGAGAGUCUGGCUACAUAGUAAGACUUCAUCUCAGAAGAAGAAAAAAGGACAGAAAGAAAUAAAUCUGACUUAUAAGAUACAUUUUCAUGUUUAUUCACAUCCUAACCACCACACAGGAGUGGCCUGUUUUAUUACUCUAUGAAGAUAUGACUUCAUCAAUUUAAAAACCUCUCUCAAGUCCCACCCUCUCUCCAUCUUCUCUCUCCCUUUUUAACAAGUCUCACUGUGUAGCCCAACCUGGCCUCAAGCUUACAGAACUCCUGCUUAAGAGGUGGGGUUAUAAGCAUGCACUUAUAAUCUAACCAUAAUGUUUUGAAUGUUUCUUUCCCAAGAAAGUUUUAUAAAUUUUAGGCUGAGAGUGUAGCUUGGUGUUUAGCGUGUCUGAGGCCCUGGAUUUGAUCUGUAGUAUAAAAAGCAAAGAUGAUUUUUGCCUCCUCGUGCAAAUAUCUUUAUUAUGCCUUUAAGUUAAUACUCAUAAUUCAACUCUGAUUUCUUUGAAUAUUCUGAUGCCACCUUGAAAAUUGGCUACUUUUUCCUUUAUUAAUGAAAUAAAAAUCCCUCUUUCCAGUGUAUCCAUCACAAAUAGACAGUGAUGACACUUUUAUUUACAGAGGUGUAUGCUUAUGGUGAAAUGUACUAGAUCUGUCCUUACUAGCAGAUUUGAGCUAAUGAACUAAGGAAGGCAAUCAGUGGGAAUAUUGCCCCCCAUCUUUCUCUUUCCUCUUUUCCUUUGAGAUGGGGUCUCAUAUAGCCCAGACUAACUUUGAACUUGCUGUGUAGCCAAGGAUGACCUUGAACUUCUGAUGCUUCUGCCUCCACCUCCAGAAUGCUGUGGUAACAGUCAUGUGCCACCAUACCAGGUUUGCAUGGCGCUGGGGAUGGAACAUAGGACUUUGUGCCGGCUAAGCAAAUACUCCAGCAACUGAGCCACAUCCCAAAGUCCAAAUACAUGGAGUUUUUGUUUAUUUUGUUUUUUUAUAAGGAAUAUUAAAAAGGAAGCACUAGUUGUGACUUUGAAUAUUCUCUCUUGACAGAGAAGAACUAAGUUUAAGGAGAAACUAUGGGGUAGUAGUGUGUUUGAUUCCUAGUGUCCCCAUUGACCACCACACCCCAAGAAAAACAAGGGGGUAGAGGAGGGAAGAGGAAUGGUUAAAAGUGGAUUCAGAUUGUAAGAAUGUAUGAAAAUGUAACAAUGAAACUCACUGUUUUGUACAAUUAAUAUGUACUAAUAACUUUUCUAAGUAAAGAAAGCCACCUUGGCAGAGAGGGUAGGAAGUUUGGGGAGGAAAGACUUACCCCUUUUGUUGGUGCCUUUGGAGUCACUGGCAUGGAGGGUGUUGUGACCGGUAUGUAUAUAUCCAUUUAGUAUAGAGGUGCAUCACAGCACCCAUAGAGAUAAACCACUUCUCUGAAUAACUAGUUGUCUCCACAUCAGUACUCCAGGCAGCUGACAGUUCAGCUCAAGUCCUUGUAAUAUUCCUGUUUACCAUCUGUACCGUAGCCAGAGUGGUGGUUCUUUCUUUGAAAUGUAAAUUUUUGCCAUCUCUCCCUGACUUGAAACUCUGUAGUGGUCUGGCCUCACUUAUCUCUCUAACUUAACCUUACCACCCAGUGCUACUCAAGUGUGCAGCCCCAGCCGGGUGGGCCACCUUUCAGUCCUUGACCAAGGUUUUCUGAUGUUCCAGAGCCUUCUAGUAGCCUGCUUCCUUCACCUGAAAUAGCAUUCCCCAAAUCGACCUAGUGAACCUUCAGGCCACAGCUCUGCUGUCAGGCCUCGUGGACUGUGCCUGCCCAGCUCCUGCUAGGUGGUGUCUUUUUCUCAGCACCUACAACCAUCUUCCUGGCACUUGUCACUCACAGCUUCGUUUUGCCUCUGUAUGUGAUGUUUCUCUUUCACAGCAGCUCUGUAAGCCACACAAGGGCAGAGCUGUGUCUGCUUCUGUACCCCUUUAUGACUAAGUCAGUGCCUAGAACAUCAAAGGCAUUCAAUAAACAGUGUUGACUGGAUCCAA